UGUAAAGGAUGAUUGUUUGAUACUGAUUUUUAGUUUGUUUGAUACUGAUUUUUAGUUUCUUUUAUUGAGAGUCUCCGUGCUCUGAGUUGGUUCUCUUAAACACAGAGCCAUCGACAUGGCGAUGUUUAUUGAACCCGGAGGUAUCAGGAUGGUGGUUUUUGUUGAACAAAAAGAAAAUGCAUUCUACAAACAAGGAGCUUCUGGAAUUGGAGCAUGGAGGAUCCUCCACUACAGAAUCAAAGCUUCUCCUCUGCAAAAAUGAACUUUCAUCUAAAAAAGGAAAUCUUCAUCCUAACAAGAAAGGUGGUAAGAAGCCUUUGACAACACCAGUUCCUGCAAGCCAAGUUCUUGGAAAAGUGAAGGACUUUCUGGAAGUAAUGGCAGAAGCAAACCAAAAACUAAAGCAUGAAGCUAAGGGAAAACCUCUAGAUGCCUUUGAUAUUGAAGCACUAACUGGAAAUGAAGAGCAGUACAUCGAAAUGGAUUUACGUCUAGGAGUAGUUGAUCUUUACACACCUGAAGCUGUUGCAGUGGCUGAAUCUGCUGUGGCAGGUGCUCAAAUGGUCAUUCCUGAACCAGUUAGCUCCUCUGAUACUGAUGACAGUGAUGAUGAUGAAAUCAUGGUUCAUCAUGUAUUGUCUGAGAAACCAUUAGCAGAGUAUGAAUCUGAGCGUUCAGACAAUAAGAGAAAGCGACCAAGGAUUAUAGAACUUUAAUGUAUAACCAUAAUGUUCGAUCAACCUAGGCCUUGGUUGGGCAUCUGUCAAGCAUGUUGCAGCAUUGAAAAGGUGCAAGGACAACUGAAGAGGCAAAGAAGUAUCUACCAGCGCAAGGGAGAGGAACUGACCUUCAUUAGUGUACUGGAAAGUAGACUCCUUGUUUAAGGUUAAAAAUAACCAAUCAAUAAACACAUCUUUUAGAUAAUGUUGUCAGUUCAUGAAUGGGAUGCCUGAUAAUGCAGGGAUGCUUGAUAAUGCAGGAACUUAGGAAGAUAUACAUAAUUUUUUUUUUUAAAGGGAAACUGUUUCACGGUUUAAGAAUGACACUUGUCUCUGUAUAAGCAAGAAACACUAGGAUCUGGCCUUCAUACAAAUGAUCCGUUCCCAAUUUCCAAGACUUUGCAGUUUGUAUGUUAAAAUUUUUUACUUA